AUGAUUGCUUCUGAUCAUAAGCCUCUUGUGGUUAGCAUUGGGGCGAAGAGGCCGCGGGGGCGUAGGAGCUUCAUGUUUGAUCGCCGUUGGGUGGGUAAACCAGGUUUAAUGGAUGCAAUCUCCUCCGGUUGGUCAGACGAACCGGAUCAGGAUUUUGCCCGGAAAAUUAUUAACUGUAGACAAGAAAUCUCUCGAUGGUGUAAGUCACAGGCUCCGUUUGGACGGGAAUUAAUUGAGGACAUUAAGCGGCAGUUGGAGAUGGCUCAGGCCAAUGAUUCAUCAACCCCAGAGAUGUUCUCGGACCUUAAUGGCCGCCUACGGGAGGCUUACCGGGAUGAAGAGAUCCACUGGUAUUUAAAAAGUCGGAACCGGUGGAUGCGGGUGGGGGAUAAAAAUACUAAGUAUUUUCAAGCUCAGACCAAGCAGAGACGGGACGGUGCAAUUUGUGACACGGCGGUUUCAUAUUUCGAGGAGUUAUUUUCCUCGAUAUGUCCGACCAAUUUUGAGGAAUCUCUACGGGAAAUUUACACGGUUAUUACGGAGGCAGACAAUACCCGGUUGACGGCCUCUGCUACGGAAGCGGAGGUAAAACAUGCUUUAUUUAUGAUGCAUCCGGACAAAGCUCCGAGGCCGGAUGGAAUGACAACCUUAUUUUUUGAAAAGGCAUGGACAGUUGUCAAGGAUGAUAUGGUGGCUUUGGUUAAUCAGUUUUUUGAGGAAGGUGAGUUUGAUAAAAGCUUGAACCAAACGCAUAUCUGUCUCAUCCCGAAUGUGGCAAAAACGACCCGGAUGACGGAGCUGCGCCCUAUCAGCUUGUGCAAUGUGGGAUACAAGAUCUUGUCAAAGGUCUUAUGUAAUCGGCUCAAGUCGAUCUUACCCGGUUUAAUCUCGGAAACACAAUCAGCGUUCGUCCCUGGACGUUUGAUCUCAGACAACAUCCUGAUAGCUCAAGAGAUGUUCCACGGUCUGCGAACCAAUAAUUCAUGCAAGGGGAAGUUUAUGGCAAUCAAGACAGAUAUGAGUAAGGCGUAUGAUAGGGUUGAGUGGGAUUUUGUGGCGGCACUACUACGGAAGAUGGGGUUCGCGGAGAUUUGGAUUUCAUGGAUUAUGUUUUGUGUCUCAUCGGUGGAGUACAAGGUUCUUAUUAACAGGCAACCAAAUGGUCAGAUUGUUCCGGCACGGGGUUUACGGCAGGGUGACCCGCUCUCCCCUUACUUGUUUAUCUUAUGCAUGGAGGUCCUGAUUGCAAAUAUUCGAAAGGCGGAGGCUGAUAAGCGGAUCACUAGUAUUAAGGUGGCAAAUAAACGCCCGCAAAUAACACAUUUGCUGUUUGCGGAUGAUAGUCUGUUUUUUUUCAAAGCGGAUAAGGAGCAAUGUGGUGUGGUUCUGGAUAUACUCAAACAAUACGAGGCUGUAUCGGGGCAACAAAUCAAUUUUGCAAAAUCUUUGGUCCAGUUCGGUCAUACUGUAGAUGACCGUGUCCGGUCGGAGCUUCAUGGGGUCCUUGGGAUCUCGAACUUGGGUGGUAUGGGCUCGUAUUUAGGGAUUCAUGAAAGCUUGGGAGGGUCCAAAACAAAGAAUUUUUCUUAUGUCAGAGACCGUCUUCAGAAUAGGACAACGGGUUGGACGGCAAAAUUGUUGUCCAAAGGGGGCAAGGAGGUGAUGAUCAAGUCCGUUGCGACGGCCGUCCCCACUUUUGUGAUGUCUUGUUAUCGUUUGCCUAAAACAAUUACUUCAAAGCUUACCAGUGCCGUGGCAAAGUUUUGGUGGAGCUCUAAUGGUCAGUCCGGGGGUAUGCACUGGAUCGCUUGGGAAAAGCUCUGUUGUAGCAAGCAGAUGGGCGGUUUGGAAUUCAGGAAUGUUGAUGAUUUUAACACGGCCCUCUUUGCCAAACAAUUAUGGCGACUGAUUGAGUUUCCGGACUCGCUGUUUGCCAGGGUUUUCAAAAGUAUAUACUAUAGGAACUCUGAUCCUUUGGAUCCAAUACGGUCCUACUCCCCUUCAUAUGGGUGGAGAAGUAUUGUAUCUGUUCGAUCUUUGACUGAUCCCUGGGUUCCAGCUCAAUUCCCAAGACCAGCUUUAAGUAACGGUCCUUUUAAGGACCCAACUAUCCGUUUGACACAGUUUAUGGAUUCUCAGUCGAAUUCUUGGCGUAGGGAUCGGCUCGUUGAGCACUUUGAUCCGGGGGAUGUUGCUCUGAUUGAGGCUAUUCCUUUUUCUAGCCUCCCUUUGAAAGAUUCCUUAGGGUGGCAUUUCACCAAAUCUGGUAAAUAUUCAGUUAAAUCAGGGUACGAAACGGCACGUUUGGGAGUGCCAAAUACUUUUCAAGCAUUGGGUUGUGGUCCUGAGAUUACCCCACUUCUUGCUAAGGUUUGGCAGGUUCACUGUCCCCCAAAAAUAAAGCAUUUCAUGUGGCAAGUUUUGUCGGGAUGUGUCUCCGUUUCUGCUAAUUUGAGUAGGCGGGGCAUAAGUUGUGAGGUUGGCUGUACGCGGUGUGGGGCGGAAGUGGAAACCAUUAAUCAUGCUAUUUUUAGGUGUCCACCAGCUCGUCAGGUCUGGGCUUUGGCUCAUGUUCCUGUCGGGCCUCUCCAUUUUCUGACAGAUUCAGUCUAUGCUAAUGUAGACCAUUUUUUGGGUUCUACGAAUCCGGGUUCACAGGUCCAGAUUUUUCCUUGGCUCAUGUGGUAUAUCUGGAAAGCUCGGAAUGCUCGGGUUUUGGAGAAUCAAAUGGACCAACCUGAUGAUAUUGUGCGACUCGCGCAAGGAGAAGCGACCUCCUGGCUACAGGCACAAGUGGACGAUGAGGUUGAGGAGGUUCCCUCCCACCCGAUAGUCCCGUCUAUUCAGGGAUUGUCACCUAUUCUAGGUGCUACUAACUACCGGCGUAGUCUAUCUCCGUUACAUGCCAAGAUUGAAGCUUUCAUCUGGACGAUGCGGUGUAUGAAUGGCCAUGACUUCCGUGACGUGGCUUUCUUUACAGACAGUUCGGACUUGGUGAAGAUGGUGUCUUUCCCACUUGACUGGCCGGCCUUUGCAACCUACUUGGAGGAUAUUAAGUUGGAUCGAGAGGAGUUUUCUUCUUUCUCUUUAUCUUAUAUUUCUCGUAAUGCUAAUGUUAAAGCGGACUCUUUGGCACGUCAAACGCGCCUAUCUUUGUUUCAUGUUUCGUUUGUAAACAACUUUCCGCCAAAUUGGCUCACUUGA